CACUGGACACGACUACAAUGUCACACGCCCCCCACCCACACGAGUGUGCAUAUAUGUGUAUACUUACGAAAAAUUCUAAGUAGUACUCUAAAAGGAAAAAAAACUGUGUUUUAAUAGAAAACAAUUUCAACCUAUUAGUUAUUAACCAAUUAACAGCGGUUCAUAAAAAGACAUUAUUUUUGUUCACUUUAAUAUUAUCUUUACCCAUUCUUUGAUUCAUUCAUUCAUUAGAAAUUGUUAUUUAUUUAUUUAAAGUGAUGCCAUCAUUAAGACUGACUAAAAUGAAAGUCACUUCAAAUUGAGUCAGCUUCUUUUUAGUAAUAACAUUACUUCCGUGAAUUUGUUUCCCUUUACAAAUAAAUGAAUUCAGAACCAACUCAUUUGAAUUUCCAUCAAGUCCUCUUUCUUUCUCUCUAUGUUUUAAAACGAUCUUUAUUCAUAUGAUGACGAAAAAGUGAGAGCUGAUGGUAAAUUUUUUAAAAAAUCUGUAAUAUGUAUUAGUGAUACAUAUAUCACUUUUGAGCACCCGUAGUAGUCGAAUGGCUAAAUCUAACAACUAUUGUUACGUUCCUGUUGUUAAUGGAGGAAAGAGGUUCAGUUGUUGAGAGCUGAACACUAUGAGAUAGUUAAUAACCUCUUAGGAUGGACAAUAUUUAAAUACUGAUAUUGCAAGCUUUCAGGAGAAGCUGCUUUUAGAAGAGUUUCAUUCCUGAAGAUAUUAAGAAUCUAUCAUCACCUCCACCACCACUACUGUUAUCAUCAUGAGUUAUGAAAGCGCAGAUGGUCAUGACAAAGAUUUCCCUGGGCUAUACCGGCCUUCCACAGGAAUUGAUUCUGCCUCAAUUGGUGAAGAUGACAACGAGCGACAAAGCAAGAAGAAAGACACAGAUAAAAAGAAGAAAGAAAGCCGUAAGGAAAAGAAAGACAAAGGUUAUAUGAUGUUUGAAGAAGAAGAUUCUGAAGAAGAGCAGCUAGUCAAUAUGGAAGACAUCAAGAGUCCUUCCAAAAUUAAAAGACCAACAUUUAGAUUUCCCAAGAAAGAUAUAUUUCCAAAAUCCAAAGAAAAGAUAAUGUUUCUGCCACUUAUUUCUGAAGAAAAGAAAGAAGGACGCAAAGAAGAGAAGAAGAAAGAUGAAAAAGAAACCAAGCGUGUGAAAUAUAAACUGAAAGACAAAAAGAAAUCCAAACGUCAGGAUUUUCACAUAGGCUUUUCUGAAGCUGGUGCUGUGCAACCAUCAGGAAACAUAUGCGAGAAACCUGUUUUUGGAGUUCCUUUAACUGUUGCUGUGGAAAGAAGUAAAUGCCAUGAUGGCAUUGAACUACCUGCUAUAUUUAGAGAAUGUAUUGAUUAUAUUGAGGAACAUGGCUUGUUAUGUGAAGGAAUCUAUCGGAUCUCUGGAGUAAAAUCAAAAGUACAGAUGCUAAAAGAAGCUUAUAAUAAUGGAGUCCCUGCUUACCUUUAUGAACACGAACCAAAUGUUGUUGCUAGUCUACUAAAGCAGUUUCUACGAGAACUACCAGAACCAGUGCUCACCACAGCAUUAAUGCCAAAAUUUGAAGAUGCUUCAAGUAAGGAGUAUGCCUACACCCGCCACUCCAUCCGUGUUACCUUACCAGAAGAUUUUCAAAAAGAAAACAAGAUGAGUCUCCAGAAUGUUUCAAUUGUUUUGAGCCCGACCAUGCAAAUCAGCCACCGCGUUCUAAAUGUGUUUUUCUCCAAUGUAAAGGAACUUUUUAGUGAUACUUGUAUAAAAAAAUAUAUUCCACCAUUAAAGCCUGCCACAUCUCGAUGGUCUCUUGAACUGCCGGAUAACCUUUCUGCCUUAGAGGAAGAAUUAGCGAAACAGGAAUCAUUAUUGGACCAGCUACAUGAAGAGCUAAAUGCUGGUGUUGAAGAUACAUCAAAAAACGAACAGCUGUGGGAAGUCCAGCGAGUUGUGACACAAUUAAAGAGAAAGAUAAAGUUUGCUCGUAAAACAAUGGAAGCAGCUGAAAAAAGAAAGAAAGACAUUGAGCAGCAGAAACGAGUGGCUUCUGUACAUGAAGAGGACGAGUUGAAGCUGGAGUUACAGGAAAUCCCUUUAGCAAAUGAAUCUGAAAUUCAGGAAAAUGCUACAGAUGAACAGUUGGUAAAGAACAAACAGAAAACUGGUGAAGUUACUGUCAGUUUUGCUGAACCUGUGGUAGUUGAUAGUGAUGACAAGCAGUUAACCGAAAACCAAGAAACAGUAGAUGAAGCUGUAAUCAACCAUGUUGAAUUAACCACUGAUAGUGAUGAGAAACAGCCUUUGCAUUCACAGGAAGAGCAGACAAUAACAACAGCAGAUGAAAACGUGGUCAACCAUAUUGCUGUUGAUUCUACUACAGUGACUACACAAGUAAUCGUAGAAAAUCAAAAUUCGAUUGACAACUCGACAAAAGCUGAAGUCGCAUGUGUUGGUAUCUCACAACAAAACACUAUUGAUGCAACAACAACAGUGCAGCAAAAUGAGGUUACAGGAGAGAAUUUUGAUAGCUUCAAAGAAGAAACAGAAAAGGGAGAUGUGGUUGAUACCAGUGAGACAUUACCCAUCAGCCAGCACUGUUUACAAAAUACAACUGUUGAAGAUAUGUUAUCUCAGGCUAUAGAGAAAAGCAGAGCUGAUUUUCAGGGUGAUGUUGAAGUUCAUGUUCCUGCUGAAAUUCAAGCAAUACAACCUGUUGUAUUCAAUGAUUGCAAAUACAUUGAGGAUGAAGAACUGCUACGUCUUUUAGAAGAAGAAGAAGCUCUAAAACUAGAGGAGGAGGAAUUAAUUGCUAUUGGUGAUGAGCUUCAUCAGAAAAUUGAGACAGAGCAGAGUGAAAUUGAACGACUACACCAAGAAAUUGUGGAGCUUAACUACUUAAGGCAGGAUUCUGAUUUAGAUGAAAUCAGCUGUAGUUCAGAGAGUAGCUCAGAAAGUGAAGAUGAGGAAGAAUUGCAAGAACAUCUGAACCAGUUAAUUCGUGACAAUGAACUGCUUGAGAAAAAGAAUACUGAAUUGUGUCAGAAGAUUCAUGAAGAGCGAAUGAUCUGUCUCGAUGUGAAAGUUCAAAUUCGACUGCUGCAACAGAAGCAACAAGAACCCUCCAACUCUGUUUCUUUAGGAGUGGGAAACAGUGGUUUAACUGGCUCUGUUGGAGCUAAUACAGAAAAUAGUGGAUCACUUGGUCUUGGGAGGUCAUUUGAUAAAGAAGCCACAAGUUUGUGAGAUAAAACAAUAACAAUAAAGUAAAGGAUGAUGACAACAACUACAAAAUGGCUUAAAAUAAAUGGUUGGCAGGGGGUAAGAAUGUUAAAAUAGAAUAAAAACAAAGAAACAAACUAGUAACAUAAAAACAAUUACAAUUUGCAAAGCAAAGUGCCUGCUCAUGAGAGGGACAGAAAUGCAGCUUGGGUUGUUCGAUGGUUGAUGGUUCAAGGCUUAAUCUGUGGCAAAACAAAAAUGGAUAUUUUUUAUUGGAGCUCUUAUUUAAAAAAAAAAUGUGCUGUUUUUGGACAUUCUUGGUCUCCUGCUUCAGAUGAUUUGUUUAGCAUUUGUCUAUUUCUUGUCUGUUUCACUCCUUGGCCUUUCCUACACAAAGAGGGAAUGCAAUGAAGGGUGUGAUUUAAAAUGUUAAAACUGAACAGAAGAUGGAAGGACCAAGUAACACAUAUGCAAAUACAUACACAUAUUACAUAUAAUUAUACAUAGAAAACAUCUACUUAUAAAUGCAUGACAUAUGACAAUAAUUGUAAUUUAAUAUAUUUUGUAAAAUGAA